AUGCAAUCUCCAGAAGUAACGGGUGACUCGCUGCCCUCCGAGCAGUCAUUCGGAGACAUUCAGUCGGGUGCCCAGGACAGCUCCGGCGCGCCGAACCAGGGGGAGCAAAGUACACAGAGCAUCGAUUUGGGCACAACCCAGCCAACAAACGGCCACACACCAGAUACAAUCACAGAGGGCAAACAGAACGCGAGGGCUAUGCUGGCUGCUUCCGGAGUAUCGACCUCAUCGGAACACGGCAGUGAGGGAUCCAAUGGCACACCUCACUCGGCUAGCGGAACUGGCACUGGAACAAAACGAUCUCGUGAUGGCUCUGCUGUUCAAUCCACCGAGGCCAGCGGGUCAUUGCCCGUCCGCGCCCGCGAAACGCCGCUAGAUAAGAUCCUCCUAGAGCAGUACGUUGAUCGCGAAUUCCAGCACUCGGCCGCCGCUGCUUGGAAAAAUCCGACUCAGGAGUUACAACGGGACAAGCGAGCGGAGCGCGACUAUUACUUGGCAGUACGGCGUGAGACUCAGUUAAACCCAGCUGCUUUGUACGGGGUGGGCUACGAGGGUUUCGGAAAUCCUCGUACGGACCUUCGCAAUCAACACCCUCAAGUUCUCUACCCAACACACCGCCCUCGGCCUGGAAACAGGAAGGCGCGAGAAUUGCGCGUCUCGCGGCGUGAUGCGAAGCUUCAAAGCGAACAGAUAGAGGAUCUGGUCCCCAUCCGGUUGGAUAUUGACUGGGAAAAGGUCAAGAUCCGCGAUACUUUCACGUGGAAUCUUCAUGAUCGUGUGGUGUCUCCCGAUAUAUUCGCAGAGAAGCUGGUGGAAGACCUGGGCCUCGCGCUGGAGAGCUCAGGCCCUCUGACGCGGAUGAUCUCCCAAAGCGUUCAGGAGCAGAUCAUAGAUUAUUACCCGCAUUGCCACAUACACGAAGACCCCCUUGACCCUCAGUUACCCUACACCGCAUACAAAAACGACGAGAUGCGCAUCUCGGUGAAACUCAACAUCACCAUCGGUCAACACACCCUCAUCGACCAGUUCGAGUGGGAUAUCAACGACCCCAACAAUUCUCCCGAAGACUUCGCCUUAUGCAUGACAAACGAUCUGUCUCUCUCUGGUGAAUUCACCACCGCCAUCGCCCAUUCCAUCCGCGAGCAAGCACAACUCUUCACCAAAUCUCUGUACAUUGUCGCGCAUCCAUUCGACGGCCGUCCAAUCGAGGAUCCAGACCUCCAUACCUCCUUCCUUCCAACCCCUGUGGCCUCCGCCUUCCGGCCAUAUCAAUCCGCUAAAGAGCAUACACCUUAUCUUUACGAACUAAAUGAGGCCGAUCUCGAACGUACCGAAAUCUCAAUAUCGCGAGAGCAACGUCGCCAGAAACGGUCAAUCAACCGUCGCGGUGGCCCUGCUUUGCCAGAUCUUAAGGAUCGCCAGCGUACAAUUCGUACCAUGAUCGUCUCAUCUGUGAUACCCAACUCGGUCGGCUCCAUGGAAGAAAGCAACGUGAUCAAGCGUACCGGUUCUAGUCGCCGUCGUGGCAUGACUACCCGGGGGGAUGAUGAAUCAGACGAGUUUGAUAGCGACGACUCCUCUGUCGGCUCCCCUGCUAUUGGUCCCAACCUUGCACAAGGUACGGCUCGUACCAGGGGCAUGAGAGGGGCGGCAUCUGCCGCUCACGCCGCUCUCCGUGCCAGUCUGGGACAAUCUGCGACACCAGAACCCGUGUACCACGAGCCUCGGGUAUCAGCUCGAAGACAGCAAUACCGAGAGGAGAGCUAUGACGAAUCCGAGAAGUUGAUAGUCCGACUUCGGAUUCCUCGAGAGAAACUGGUCGAUUUGAGGAGCGGUAGACGCAUUGCCUCCGCCCAACCCAGCCUAGGACAGGCAUCCCGAGCCAUGGCACCCCCAUCCGACAAACAAACCCGCAUUCAUCCUCCCCCUCGACCCCAACAAACUGGAGCUGUAGAUGCACCAAACCCCCCGCAGCCCGGCGUCCCUGGACCCCCGCCACCCAACUGGCUUGCAGCUGGUCUUGCCAAACUGAAGCAAUCCCACCCAAAUGAUUCAUUCGAAGGCGUCAUGCGCUAUUCCGCCGUCGACACAGAAACCCUAGCCCCCGUCGCCAAUCCAAACAACCUCCAAGACGGCCAAAACAUCAAAUACCAAUAUCUCCCACGUAUCCGCUGCCACGAUUGCCCCGGAAAGCUCUACACCCCCGGCCCGGGCAUGACGGUCGACAACUUCGAAGUCCACCUCCGCAACCGACAGCACAAGGAACGUGUCGAGGAGCGUCUCCGUACAGGCGGCGAUGCCGGAAGUGCAAGUGCCAGCCCAGCCCCCGGAGCCGGAACUUCCACGCACUCAAGCCCAGCUCUCGGGACUACUGGGGCUCCUGGUGCCUCGCCUUUGCCCGCCACCGCACCCGGACCCCAGCCAUAG